UGCUGCAGUAGGGGGGCGUAAUAGGAGGAAAAAAUAACAUUUUCACUGCUCUCACUGCAUCUUUUUUUAUUCGCGUCUCUGAGGUGCAAGUGCCACAUCCCCGCUACCAACACCACCAGCAGCAGCAGCAGCAGCCGCCGAUAACUAACCGCAGUCUCAAUGCUCACCUCGCAUUAGGACUGAUAUUUAAAAAAAAAAAAGAAAAGAAAAAAUCCGUGCCAGACAUGGGGAAGAACAUUAAUCCUCUUUGGAAGAUGUCAAUCCAGCAGACUAACUGGCUUGUGAUGCCAAUGCCCAGCAGAAGAUCCUGGGACUGAGACGCAGAUCCCUUUACACUGAUGGCCUGGACUGAGUUUCAGCUGGCCUGCUGAAGCUAUGGGGAGCUGUUGGAGCUGUCUAUACAGAGACCCCAUCCGAGACAACCAUCUCACCAAAUUUAAGGUCACAAAUGUAGACGAUGAGGGCAACGAGCUGGGCUCUGGGAUCAUGGAGCUCACCCAAACUGAGCUCAUUCUUCACACACGUAAGAGGGACGCCAUCCGGUGGCCAUAUCUCUGCCUGCGUCGCUACGGCUAUGACUCCAACCUGUUUUCUUUUGAGAGCGGCCGCCGCUGUCAGACCGGGCAGGGAAUCUUUGCAUUCAAGUGUUCUCGGGCAGAAGAGAUCUUUAAUCUGCUCCAGGAGCUGAUGCAGUGCAACAGCAUCAACGUGGUGGAAGAGUCGAUGAUGAUGAGUCGGAGCGGUCACACACCAGAGAUGGACAUGUCUCGCACACCACAGACACCCAACACUCCAGCAUUUCCUAUCCAGGCUUUUCCCAAUGGAUACCCUGGUUAUCCAAUCAGAGGAGAUUCCUCUCAACCAUCGAUUGCUGAUGAUCAUGGACAUAGCCUCAUGGGUUUGGAAGACCAGACCCACACCUAUGUAAAUACUGUGAGCAUGGAGGGGGAUCUUUCCAUGCGUCAUUGUGUGCACUCUCUACCUGAGGUACGGCCUAGCACUUUUCCUGAAACAACACGGGGAGCCAUGCCUGUAGGGGGCCAAGGAAAUCCGCAGUCCAACCUGCGGUGCUGUCCCCUCGAGGAGCAUAAAGAUCCUCAGGUGUUCCUACAGACGUCCUCGCAGGAGGUCAAAUUCAUGCUGGGUCCCACUCCAGCGCAACGGCAUCUGCUGGAGAGAGAGAGAGAGAGGGAGAGGCACGGGCACAAUCCUCACAACCUUCAGCCAGUAGAGGGCGCAGCAAGCUCAGAGACGGAAGGAGACGAGCCCUCUAUGCACCUGUGCAACUCUCACUCCUACCACCAUUUCCAUCAUCACAUGCACCGGCACCUGGGCCAUGAGCACCAGGAGGGCUGCCAGAGUGGCGAGCUCACGUACGAGAAUAUCAACGGCCUGCGAAGUGGCCGUAAGCAGCGUCUGAGUCCCAGCAGCGUGUCGCAAUCCGUAGGUUCAAGCAGCAGUAGCAGCACCGGGGACAGUCAUUCUCACUCCCUCUUACACGGUCACGGGCCGACAUCGCUACCCCCGCAGGGGUACUCCUGUGAGAGGGGCAUGGGUGGAGCUCAUCGUCGGACAGCUCUGCUUAACUACGAGAACUUACCCUCUCUGCCGCCGGUGUGGGAGUACAGCGCUCUCCAGCGGGAUGAUGAGCAGGAAGAGGAAGACGAUGACCAGGAUGAUGAGGAAUAUGAAGAAGAAGAGGAAGAUUUUGAUGAGUACGAAUUCUCAGAAGGCCCCGGGACACCCAAUGGUUACCAUCAAGACGGCCGGGGCAUACACAGAGACGCCCUGCAGAACUAUGUCAACACAGAGCAGGUCCAGCCUCCCCGGCUUCGACACGCCUGCCCGCCGCAUCCACGGCCGUGUCACCCAGACAGAGGGGGGCGAAUAUUUAGCUUUGAUUUCCGCAGACGAUCGAGGUCAGGGGUUGGAGGUUGUGAGCACAGCCACAUGCCUCCUUCGCGGCAGCUGAAUUACAUCCAGGUGGACCUGGAAGGAGAGCCUCCCUGCCAAGCCCUCAGCAGCGGGGGUGCCCAGACCCAGCCACAGCACCAGCGCCUACCACCCAAAAAAUGUGGUCCGCAGGCACCCCGGCGCAGCGAAUGCUACGCAGUCAUUGACCUAAAGAAGACCGCUGCCAUGUCCAACCUGCAGAAAGCUCUGCCCAGGGAUGAUGGGACUUCCAGAAAGACUCGCCACAACAGCACAGACCUGCCUCUGUAAAUGGUGUUCGAACUGAAAAGGAGCAAUGAAGACAGAUGAAGGCUUAUCCUCAUCUUAGCACACUGGACCCUUCACUGUCAUCCAUCCAUUCAACUGUCGGGCUGAUCAGUACAGUACAGGUACCUAAUUAGAAACUUACUGAAACCUAACUGUGCAUAUACAAGCAAAAGAGAAAUCUCUGAGGAGAAUUUGCCAUUUUAUUUU